AUGGCGAAUAGAGAAGAAACUUUGCGGCAAUUCUGUGAUGUUACAGGGGCUGACGAAAAUCGUAGUAAAUUUUUCUUGGAAUCUUCAAACUGGCAAUUGGAGGUUGCACUGUCAAGCUUCUAUGAACAUGGUGGAAAUGUAGAAGAUGUUCCAAAUCCAGAGCCUGUAUCUGCAUCACCUCAGCCUAUGUCAGAGAGUGAUAUGGACUCGCCGCCUGGCUCUCCAGAAAAAUCGCAGAAAAAAGACAAAAAGAAAAAGUCAAACACUAAGUUUGCUACGUUGGAUACACUGCAACAAGAUAGCUCUAGUGAAGAAGACGAAGGACAGGCGUUCUAUGCUGGUGGCUCUGAAAGGUCGGGACAGCAGAUCCUUGGCCCUGGGAAAGGACGUAAGGAUAUCGUCUCAGAAAUGUUCAAAAGCGUUAGAGAACGCGGUGCAGUGGUGUUUGAUGAUGAGCCGACGUCGACAAGUCGCGGUCGGGGUGGUGUCUUCGCUGGUGCUGGAUACAGACUUGGCCAAACUGCAGAUGACCACGAACAAGUCACACCAGCAAAAGCAGCACAAGCAGAGCAGACUCGCUCAGUCCGGCUGAGGCUGUACCGAGAGGGGUUCACUGUGAACGAUGGCCCUCUCAGGCAAUUCACUGAUCCGGCGAACGCCGAGUUUCUCAGCUGUAUUCGUAGAGGUGAAAUUCCACCAGAAUUGUCUGGAGGCGGUGAAGUGAGGGUCAGCCUUGAGGAUCGAAGACACGAGGAGUGUCCCCGGCCUGUAUCCAAGACACAGGCCUUCGCCGGGAAAGGGCAUAUGUUGGGCAGCCCGACGCCUGCCACAGUGGGAGCCACGGUGCCCGUCGCCUCCCAGCCCGGCGACCGCGACGCGAAUCAACGAUCUGCGCAGGAGUCGGUCGCACUGGAUGAAAGCAAUCCCGUCACUACAGUACAGUUCCGCCUAGCAGACGGCAGCCGGCUGACCGGUCGUUUCAACCACUCGCACACAGUGGAAGACCUGUACCAGUACGUGUCGAGGGCUGAACCCAGCUACCAGAUCCAACCCUUCGUGCUCCUCACCACAUUCCCCAGCGCUGAGCUAUCUGAUCGCUCCGCCACUCUCGCUACAGCCAAUCUACUGAACACCACUGUACUGCAACGGCUUAAAUAA